AAUUUCCAUGGCUAGAUCACCCUGGGGUGGCACUACAGUUAGAAACCUUCUCUGUGGAAGGAUAGAGAAGGAGGAGGAAGUUCUCGGUCUGGUUUCUAGGGAGGGAGUUGAAACUGUUCUGCUUCGAAUAGAGUUAUUAAUAGAGGGAGGUUUAGACAAACAGGCAUACAAAGCUGUUGCGGCCGUAGCUAACUCAUUGCUUGCAGAUGAUAUGAUACGUGAAUCGUAUUCCUCCACCUCUCCUCCAGGCUGUAUUGAACGCAUAAUAGAUAUAUUUAUUGCCUCAUGUAUAGCACAACAUAGGGAAACAAGACUUUUUAAAGCGCUGAAGCUGAUCGGAUUAAAUGAUGUGAACAACAUAUUUAUCAAAAGGUUCAGCCAUUAUUUAAAUAACACCACAUACAUACAAGAGAACAAGGAGGAAAAGAAGGAGUAUAAAGAAGAAAAGAAAGAGGAGAACAAUGAGGAAAAGAAAGCGGAGAACGAAGAAAAGAAAGAGGAGAACAAUGAGGAAAAAAAAGCGGAGAACGAAGAAAAGAAAGAGGAGAACAAUGAGGAAAAGAAAGAGGAGAACAAUGAGGAAAAUAAAGCGGAGAACGAGGGAAAGGUAGAAAAGGGAGAGCAAAAAAUCCUCGAAAAUGAUGUUGAAAUGAAGAGCGUAGAGACUGAGGAAAAAGUCCUCGAAAAUGAUGUUGAAAUGAAGAGCCUAGAAACUGAUGACAAGAAUAAAGAAAAUGAACCCAAAGAGAAAACUGAUAUGAUGAAUAAAGAAGAAAAUAAAACAGACGAGGAUAAAGAACAAGGAGAAGAUACAGACGAAUCUGAUCCUGAGAUAUCGGCGGCCAAGUUUCAACUUUUAGAAAAAGGUCGGUGUGAGCGUCUGUUUUCUGUUGAUAUUUGUUUGAAAAGUUUGGAGAAUAUUUUCCAAUGGAGUAUAGCUGGAGCUGCUAUGCGACAAACCAGUGUCAAGCUCCAGGAGUAUCUUAUCAGCUCCUGGUUGUCGAAGUGUUCAGCUAACAAGGAGAGGUUGCUGGAGGAUGUGGAGGCCCUGAUGGAAACCUCGAAACAAACCUCCUUCCUCUACACCCUUGCACACCAACUAUAUAAACAUCUUGGAACAGAACUUGAAACUAAAGUUUUGAGUAUUUUUAUCCGAGCCCUAACCUCGGACAUAAAUGAGAUCGAGGCUGCCAAGAGAAGUAAAACCUCGAAAAACCACAUGGAAGAAAGGCUGGCCCGUGGUUUUGUUUUGCUCAGUGAAGUGGUUGGUGAACGUGUAUCUCUGGCGCGUGAAUGCGUUCUUACUGCGUUCAGUAUAAAACCGGAACUGAGUACCCUUUAAAUACAU